GGAGAUUCUGAACGCCUUCUUCUUGUCGCUUUCAUUCCAAACAAGUACAAGAGCUUCUCGCGAAGAUCAAGACAUUAGCUAGUGGUUCCUUUUUCCUUCAUCUCGCCUGGCGGUGAAUUGUGGGCCCAGCUGAUAGAAUGGCGACUCCACCAUGCCGUCAGCUGAAAUCGACCGUAGGAGGAUUCCGUAGUUUAUGCAGGAGCGCCCUGUCAAUCAUGCUGAUAGUUGUUUUAUUUCUUAGCGGUGCGGUGGAGAACGCUUGGGCCGCUGCGCAGUGCAAUAUGAGAUCUGGUUCGACGUGCGCUUGUGAAAUGGCGGACGGCAGUGGCUUCAUUGACCUCUCUUUGAUCAGUAACAAUGGAGACAACCCCAAGCCUUUUUUCACAGGAAUAAAGCAGCCCUCGACCCAGUGGGUGUACUCAUACAAUCCUUGCAAAGGCUUCGAGGAUGGCCAUUGCGUCAAAAAUAACGCGGUAUGUCAAAACCAGGGUGCUUCCUGCGGUCGUCAGCCCGAUGCCAAGAUCGACACGACCGUGAACCCUCCCACAAUAACAUACACGGGUGGAGAUGUGUUCUCCUCGUUCGGCCCUAGGAAGUCCGUCAUAGCCCUUAUGUGUGAUCUGAGUACCGACCAUGAUAUGAAGUAUAGCAAGGAGGAUCCGAAGGGGACCUAUCAAUACACAUUGACUUCGAAAUACGCUUGCGUUCAGAAACCAGGGACCACACAAGCACCACCGCCAGGGCCCACAACAAGUGCAAGACGCUCUCCCGAGCACAACAGCAUCAGCCUGGGAACGAUCAUAGAUGUUAGUGCUUUGGCGGCAAUUAUACUGUACCUCAGCAUGGGAUCGACGUUCAUGUUUGUACGACGUGAAGCGAGGGGACGUGAAAUGUUGCCAAACUAUGCAUUCUGGGUAGCCAUUCCCGGCCUUGUCAAGGAGGGCUUCCUCUUCAUCCUGCACGGAUUCAAAUCUCACGGCUAUCGGUCUGGAUAUGACCAGAUAUAAACCAGGGAAUUGAAGAAGCAAACCAACCCUAUGGCAAGAAGAAGGCGUGUCUGCACAUUUCCACAACCUAUCGGAAACACACUCCGCCCUCUCUCUCGUGUAUUGAGAAACUGAGGACGGUUUGUCACGAUUUUCAAUACGCAGAACAAUCGCCUCUUGCUGAUCUCAUUUUUGAAAUGCCACAAUUCACGGAAAAUGUUCCUGAGCCAGCUUGGUUGCUUGGCUGCUUCGCUGCUCGAAUUGAAAAAGGUCCUCAUUGUGCACUGGA